AUGGAAGACAAUAAUUUAAAAGAGUACAAUAAAGAAACAUCUUCAAAAGCAUCUUCUUUUAUGAAGUUAUUGACAAAUUUUUCUUUUAUAGUUUCUUUAGUUUUAACUAAACAACUAAUGGAUUACUUUUAUGGAAUUUCUGUUACUCUUCAAACUAAAUCUUUUGAUAUUUCCCAGCAACUGGAUGAAAUUCAGAAUUUGACUAGUCGUUUAAGAGAAAUGCAAAGAAAUGCUGAUGCUUACCAUAAUAAAUGGUAUAAAAUUGCUCUUGCAUUGGCUAAAACAUUUGAUAUUGAUGAAAAAAAACCUAGAACAUGUGGUGUUCAGAAGCAUAGAGAUAAUCAAAUAUGUGAUACUGUAUCUGAUUAUUUUAAAGUUUCUAUUACAUUGCCUCUUCUCAAUCACCUUCACAAUGAACUAGAAAAUAGGUUUGAUAUUGAGAGCUUAAUUGUUUAUAAUGGUCUAUGUGCUAUUCCUGCUAGUUUAACAAAGCAAUAUUUUAGAUCUUGUCCAUGGAAAGAAAAAUUCCUAAUUUUUUUGAAUUUUUAUAAAUCUGAUCUUCCUCAUUUCUCAUCAAUUAACGCUGAAUUAGAGUUAUGGGAGGAAUUUUGGAAAGAAAAGACAGAAUUACCAUCUACUAUUUCAGAUACAUUAAAGUUUAUGGAUAUGAGAGGCUUUCCAAACAUUUUAGAGGCUUUUCAUAUACUUGCUACAAUACCAAUCACAACUUGUGAGUGUGAAAGGUCAAUAUCUACUCUUAGGAGAAUAAAAACUUACACUAGGAGUACUAUGUCAGAAAAUAAAUUGAAUGGGCUUGCUUUAAUGUCUAUUCAUCAGGAAAUAGUUCCUGAUAUUAACAGAGUUAUUGAAAUAUUUGCAUCCAAAGGAGAUAGAAAAUUAGAGUUUUUAUUCAAAUAA